AUGGCUAAGACGAACGGGGCUACGGUGGUCCACGAACGGCGGAACGGGGCGACCGUGAACGCCGAAGGAGCGCGGCUUAUCGCGGAACGAAAGAUCGACAUCGAAACGAAGACAACUUUCACGCAGACGUCAGCAACAAUUAUCGAUCCGAAUAAUUCACAAGUUCAUAGAGAGGCAAUUAAUUUAAGCCGUUCAUCCCCGAGAAGUGUUUAUUUGAAACAAAAGAAAUCCUCGUCGAUUUGGGCCGUCGACGAGGACCCUGCGCCUCAAUGGCUGAUAGCUGAAGCCCUGUCCGCCAUUAACAAGAGCAUCGAGUGCGGCGAUCGACGGACGAAGGGAGAAGCACCGUCGAGCAAGGAGACCGAGAAACACGCGUCGAUUAUCGCGGAACUCGAGGAGAAGCUUCGUCGCGCGGAGCUGGAUCUAGAGGAGGCUCUAAAGAAGAGGACGCUGGCGAAGGAGAAGCAUAAAAGAACAUUGGAGAGCGUGAGAGCGGAGGCUCGCAGGGAGAACGAGAUUCUUCAGGAGAGGAUCGUUCGAAUCUGCACGUCUGUGCUGGAGAACUUUGGUCCUCGAGGGAUGACCGGCAGAAGACGCAACUAUCAACUGAAAUGCGGCAAACGCUUGAAGUGUCGCGCGAAUUUCAGCAGUAAAUUGCGCAAGAAGCUACGAACGACGGUCGCCAAAUCGAUGAAACUGAAGCAGGAAUUGGCAGCGACUCGAGCGACGUUGAAAACCGAGACGGAGAAGUGCGAGUCGAUUCGCGAGUGCUUCGAGAAGCUGCGGCGAGAGAUGGACGCCAGCGAGGUCAAUCUGAAUAGACUGAUCUCGGAGAACCUGGAGCUGCGGAAGAGGAUAGAAGACACGCGUGAAUGGGUGCAGCACAACAUGAACAAAGAGAACCACGAGAGGAACAACACCGCUCACUUCCGGGACAUGCACAGGAGCAGGGAGCUGACGAACCUGAAGAAGAAGGCGGAGGAGGACUUCACCACCAUCAGCCAGCUGAGAAACAAAUUACUGCGAUCAGAAUCGGCGAACGCCAACAAGGGUUUCCUGCUGAACAGUUACAAGAGCCAGCUGACGGACCUCAACAAAGAGAAGAGUCAGCUCCUCUCGAAAAUAAGUAGCCUGGAAAACGAGAUCACCGGCGUCAAGUCUAGCAAUUCGCAAUUGAAAGCGAAAGUCUCCGUGUUGAGCACCGAGAAGGAGAAAUUGGCUUGCCAAAAUGAGAAAUCGAAGGCAGACUUCACGGAGAAGUUGGAGAUGCAGAAUUGUAAGAACUUCGAGGAGGCUGUGCAGGAAGUCGAGAGCACGAAGGCUAGCUACGAAGAGACUAUCAAAUCGAUGACAACGAAGUUGUCCAGCGCGAAGAGCCAGAAUACGGAGUAUUUGAAAGGCAUCAAGGAAUUUUUGAAGAAGCUUUACGACUCGCGAAGCAACUACGAGAAGCAGAGGAGUUUGAAAGAUGAGCCGAGCGAGAAAGAGGCUCAGGAGACUGCUUGCAACAUUCUAAACAUGACGCCGGAAGAGUUGGCUAGCUUAAUGAACGGAAAGACGGCGAAUUCGAUUCAUUCCUGGGUGUUCGAACUGAACCGGAUACUGGCGAAGAAGAAUUUCUCCGAGAGCCUGUCGAAGCUCUUGUUCAAGGAAGCAACGAGGAAACUGAAAACGUAAUGAGGAAUUCGCAGAUUGUUUAACGAACAUUUUUGUAUUACAUUUAACGUUUUCGUAUUGAAUUUACCGUUCCGACGUUCCAUUUGUAACUUCCUUUUCGCCCGAAUAAA